AUGAACGCUUUGCCUGACCCUACUGAUACACCUGUAUCUCUGUUUGAUGAAUCAGAGGACCUGGCAGCAAAUCUGAAAGUUCAGACACAACUCUGUAAGACACACUUAUCACAACAGGUUCAAAAGGGCAGCAAGCUGGAUAGGUUACAAACCCACCUACCUGAUACAAAAGAAGUCAUCUUUUCCCACACACAGAAGCUGAGUGAAGACAUGGAUCCAGAUGUGUCCUUAAAAUGCUUGGGCUUCUUGUGGGAUCUUCAUCGUAUCUAUCUAUUUAAAUCCAAGACACUGUCACAGCUUUUAAUUACAGCAGUCAAGUCAAGUAACCCAAGUGAUUUGGAAAGCAUACAAGGAAACAAAUACAAUAAUCAGUCUAGUCUGGCUGCCCAGAAAAGUAAAGAUUAUGCUAAAGAAAACACAAAAUUGAGAGCAGUCACUAUUUCAAUGGACAUCCAAGACCCAGAAAUCACUAGAAUCGGCUUUGCUAUAGCACUCAAGAAUUUAUACAAUACAGAACCAGAAGUCGAAGAAGCUGAUGUUUUGGCAGUCCUGGCAGCUGCGUCAGUGCUGCAGUUCCCUAGCCUUUUCCAGAAGUGUGUAUCCAUAAUGAAGAAUGGUAUUUCAUCAGCCAACGUCUGUAGUUAUUACUGUGCCGCUUGCAAGUACAAGCAGGAACUCCUGAAAACAGACUGUGAAAGAUGGCUAGAGUUGAACCUGGUUUCUCACCUUGGUUUUGAGAUCCAUCUAAAGAAUCUGCCACAAGAGCUACUGCAUAAAGUGCUGAAAUCUCCCAGGUUAUUUACAUUCAGUGAAUUCAGCCUACUGAAAACUACCCUCUUUUGGGUCUUCCUACAGCUAAACCCAAAGGUUCAGAUAAUUCCAUCACAUGAAAAAGUCUUGAUGUACUUUAGCAGUUUACCCAAGAGAUGUUCCUUCUUGGAAAGGGAUAUAGGACAGCGAUACAUAGCUAUUUUUCAAUCCCUUCGUUUACACGGAAUCACUUCAAGUAAGCAUCUAAAGGAUUUACAGAAGAUUAACUUCUUCCCACUGCCAUGGCUGACACAGAUCCUGUCCAACCAUUACCAUGCACUGGAAAGUGGUGGUGACAUGCCAUUCCAGAAAGAUUUUUCCACACAAGCUGUGAGAUUUGGUCUGGUACUUAAACAGGAGCCAAGAUAUCAUGAGGAAAUAAUUUCCAUUUAUGGAUUCUUCUUUGAGAUAAAAGCAGUCAAACAUGAAGCUUCAAUGUACAGUUUUUACAUUAAAAGAGUAAAACACACAGACCCAGUUUUAUCUUUUCUUGCUGCUGAAUGUAACUGUGUAAGCCUGAGACAAGAUCGUGAAGUUAUAUAUGAAAUAAAAGCACACUACCUGAUCAAUGGGAAAUGGAGGGAAUUCAGUACUGAUAAACUUACCCAAAAAUUUGGAGUUACAAAACCAUCCUGCAAAAGCCAGGUCCUCAAAGUAUGGAUACCAUCAAUUCCCAUCUACGUGACAUAUGCUCUUCUUUUUCCAUCGUCUUAAUUCACUAAAAGUAUACUAGGGUUUUGUUGCUUGAAGACCUGAUUCCAGUACCUGAUAUGAUCAUCUAGUAGAAUGUCAUAUGUAAAAGGUGCAUUCUGCUUAGCCAACUAACCACAUUUGUCAUAGCAUGAAAAUAAACAACUGCAACCUUUCCUCGA